AAAGUUUGAAUCUUUAUUAUCAAAACCGAAAAUAAAUACACUUAACACUCUCACACUUAUCACUCUCCUCUAGUACUACUUAUACUUACUUCAGUCACUCAGUGCGUUUUGUUGGAGAGAGAGAAAAAGGGUUGGUUCUUCUUCAAACACUGUGUUCCUGUUCUUCAAGCAUUGUUCUGUUCUUUUUCAUCUUUCUGUUUCAUGGUUUUAGCAAGAUAAGAGCUAUGGAUAUAUCAGAGUACACAAGAAUUGUAUUUGAUAAAAUUCAGAAAUUUGAGCCUGAAAAUGCUAGAAAGAUAAUUGGCUAUCUUCUUUUACAAGACAAUGGCGAACAAGAAAUGGCUAGGUUGGCUUCUUGUCCUGACCACAUCAUCGGUGAAGUCGUCUUUAAGGCCCUUCAAAUGUUGGCUGUUAAUUCAACCAUGAUGCCAAUUCCGCCACCUAAUGUCAACCCUCAACAAGGUUUAAGCCAUUUUCCGGCAUUAUCUCCGUCUUCACCGCUGAACUUUCAAGUUCCAUCUUCCUAUUGGGAUCCACAAUCUACCAGCAAUGCAAAUCCUGAAUUUACGGGAAUGAAUUACAUGGAUUCUCUUGUAGAACUUCAAAAACAAACACAAUUGCUGAGUUUGGAGAAUCAUUUGGAUCAUGUAAAUACCGGAACUCGAGGUCUUGUUGUUAAUGAAUACAACAAUGGCUUAGAUUCUUCUGCUGUUAAUUUUGGGGGAAAAGCUACAAAGAGGUUUUCAAAUUCAAGCAUGUCUGAAUUUCCACUCAAGAUCUGUCAUUAUUUCAGUAAAGGUUACUGUAGGCAUGGAGGUAACUGUAGAUAUUUUCAUGGCCAAGUUCCUCAUGAGAGUUUCUCUCAUAUGCAUGGAAAUAAUGAUAACACUAGUAAUGAGGAUCCGGUGAUUUCACCAGGGUCACUAGCUCAGAUAGAGUCUGAAAUUAUUGAGCUUUUAAAGCAGAGAAGAGGAAAUCCAAUGUCAAUUGCUUCGCUGCCGAUGGCAUACUAUGAUAAAUAUAAAAAGGUACUGCAAGCACAUGGUUAUUUAACGGAGAGCCAGCGACAUGGCAAGUCUGGCUAUAGUUUGACAAAGCUUCUCGCGCGACUCAAUAGUAUUCGGCUAAUUGACAGGCCUCACGGACAACAUGCAGUGGUUCUAGCUGAAGAUGCUCCAAAAUACAUUCAAAAGGGAGAUUCUGUUCAAAAUAUCAGUGCGUCCCGACAAAUAUAUUUGACUUUUCCAGCUGACAGCACUUUCACUGAAGAGGAUGUCGCAGAAUACUUCAACGCAUUUGGAUAUGUUGAAGAUGUUAGGAUUCCAUGCCAGCAGAAAAGAAUGUUUGGCUUUGUAACAUUUGCUGAUCCAGAAACCGUGAGAAUGAUUUUGGACAAGGGAAAUCCUCAUUAUGUUCGUGGCUCUCGUGUGCUUGUGAAACCUUACAGGGAGAAGACAAAGGUUGUUGAAAGGAGGUACCAUGAUAGAAUGGAGCACUCUGUUUGUUGUCCACAUCACUUUGCAAAUAUCGACUCCGAACUUGACUCAAUUCCAAGAAGUUAUGGGAACCAUAGAUCUCUAAGUAGACAGUUGAUGGAAGAGCAGGAACAAGCUUUUGAAUUGCAAAGGAGACGUCUUGCGCAGCUGCAAUUUACCCGACGACCUUUUCCCAUUUCACCUCAUUUUGGGUUUCCCAUGGAUGCGUUAAGAGUUCCAGAUGAUCAUUUCAAUUUCCAGGCUGUGGAACCUCUAAAUCAUGCGUUGAAUAACAACACCAAGAAUACUGACACCGAUUCCUCUGGAGGGAAUAGCAACGAAGGACUCAAUCUCCCCGACAGUCCAUUUGCAUUUCCAAUGGAAAAUGAUAAAUAGGAAGUGACUUAGUUUCAGAAACAAAUACAGGAGUACAGAGUUAGAACAGUGGAGGCCAAAGGCAACAAACUCUUUCUUUUGAUACAUAAUACAGUUCUUCUUUUGGAACACAAUUUACUCAACUAGCUUGGCAGUAUAGUUAAAAAUAUUCAGCAAAUAUAUACAGGCGCUGAAGAAGGGAUAUUAGACGAAUUUCCUUUUUUGCAACUGGAACUGGUGGAAUUAACAAAAGUUUACUAUAGAAAUAUGGCUGAAGAAGGUUAUUGUUUUGUUUUUUUUUUAACUAUAGAAAUAUGGCUGAAAGGUUUGGUUUUUAGAACAUCAUAUCCUUGGGAGUUUUUUUUGUUGUUGAAGUUUUUAGUGGUUUGAAAUAACUAGCUAUAUUUUUUGGACAACCUUUCAGAAUGUGGUUAUGAAUCAAUGAGCUCAUUUUCUCCCUAUGAGCAGCUUUCUUUCUA